CUGUUUCAGUUCGGUAGGUUUGAGUUUUUAUUAAUAAUAAUAUAUAAAAAUAUAAAAAUAUAUUAUAAAUAAUAUGAUCUUAAUUAAAUUUCUCAACUUCCCCCCUCUUUCUUCUUCUUCUUCUUCUUCUUCUUCUCUUCUAUUUAUCUGAAUCCAAUGCAGGCAAUCAUGAUCUUGAUGCUGAAAGUCCAUUAAUGCUCUCUUUUUUUCUCUUUUCCCUCUAAAAACCCUCUAUGGAUCUUCAAACUAACCUAAAUUCAACAACUUGAUAUCUCUCUUUCUUGAAUUUUAUUUGAAGUUUGGGAGAGAAAUUAUGGGGAUAAAAAGAGGGGUUUCAAUUUCAAUUUCAAUUUCAAUUUCAAAUUCAUCAUCCCCUCUUCAUGUUCUUCAUUUUGCUUUGCUUUUCUCUCUUCUUGUUCUUCUUCUUCAAAGAUUCACUUUGGUUUGUGGCCUCAAUUAUACUUAUAAACAAGUCAGUAGCUUGAGAUUGGAAAGGAUUCAAAGGCAUUUGGACUCCAUUAACAAGCCUCCUCUUCUCACCAUUCAGUUUUUAUUUUAUUUUAUUCAGAGCCCAGAUGGUGAUAUUAUAGAUUGUGUUCAUAAAAGAAAACAGCCAGCUCUAGAUCAUCCCCUCUUGAAGAACCACAAGAUUCAGAGAGGGCCAACAGAGUGGCCGAAAACGAAGAAGGUGAACGAGAAUAGAGAAGGUGAGAGUGGAAGGGGGGCGGGAUCAGGUGCGGGAGGUGCAUUGCAAACUUGGCGUGUGAACGGGACACGGUGCCCAAAGGGGAGUAUUCCAGUGCGACGCAGCACAGUGAAUGACGUUCUAAGAUCCAAGUCUUUGUUUGACUUUGGGAAGAAAAAAAGACCGAUUCUCCUUGAUCGAAGAAUAGACGCUCCUGAUGUGGUCAGUGGGAAUGGUCACGAGCAUGCGAUCGCGUAUACUGAAUCCUCAGAAGAGAUGUACGGAGCGAAGGCGACAAUAAACGUGUGGGACCCGUCAAUUCAAAUGGUCAACGAGUUCAGCCUCUCUCAGAUUUGGAUCCUCUCGGGAUCAUUCGACGGCUCUGAUCUCAACAGUAUUGAAGCUGGUUGGCAGGUCAGUCCGGAGCUUUAUGGUGACAGCAGGCCAAGAUUAUUCACAUAUUGGACGAGUGAUGCAUAUCAGGCAACGGGUUGCUACAAUCUUUUAUGUGCUGGAUUUGUACAAACAAACAACAAAAUCGCGAUCGGAGCCGCCAUUUCUCCCAUUUCCUCUUUCUCCGGCAGCCAAUAUGACAUUACCAUUCUCAUUUGGAAGGAUCCAAAGUUGGGAAAUUGGUGGAUGGGAUUUGGGGACAACACAUUGGUUGGGUAUUGGCCAGCAGAGCUAUUCACUCACUUAGCCGACCACGCCACAAUGGUGGAGUGGGGUGGGGAAGUGGUUAACUCAAGGGCCAAUGGGCAGCACACUUCCACCCAAAUGGGCUCUGGCCACUUUCCCGACGACGGCUUUGGCAAAGCAAGCUACUUUCGAAACCUUGAGAUCGUCGACAGCGACAACAGCCUCAGCGCCGUUCAAGACAUCUCAAUCAUUGCUGAAAACACCAAUUGUUAUAAUAUUAUGAGCUCCUAUAACGAUCAAUGGGGCACUCAUUUCUAUUAUGGUGGUCCUGGUAGAAACCCUAAAUGCCAAUGAUAGAUUCCACGACGUGCGGAUUAGUUUUUAUUCUAAACUUUCAAUGAACGAAAUUGAAAGUUUUAAAAUAAAAUUUAAUUCAUGUCGUGCUAGUAUUUUAAAGGUAUGAAUUGAAUUUUUAUUUUUUUUCGUUCGAUUAGGGCUAUUUUAGUAAGUAAAAUUAAUUCUUUAAUUGUGUAAUUAAUUAAUGAUCAAUGUGGGUAGCUAGCUAUUUCCUCUCUUGUUGUUGCUUCACUACUACUCUUAAAGAGUUCUAAUUUGGGUGCCUAUUUUGAGAGAAGUAAAUUUGUAACAUUUGAUUAAAGGAUAACGCCUACAAAACUUGUUGUAUCUA